CGUGUAGUAAUAAAAUGAGAAUAUUCCUUUAGCUGGCCGAUAAGAGCUUAUCACUUGAACUAGAAUUCAUUACAUAGCACAAAUCCCAUUGUUAUAUGUUAAACAUGUUUCGAAGUCUUGGUGAAUGGUUCAAUGGUCCAUGGAGAAAGCCUGCUAAAGAUCAAUGGAACGAGAGGUUACAUAAUCAGCUGAUUGAAGAUGUAAGAACGAUUAGAUUCAGAGCAGGAGUUCAAAAGGCUGGAAUUCUUCUUUGUGGUCCUUUCCAGUCAGGCAAGUCGACUCUUAUCAACACAAUAUUCAGUAUCAGCCAAGGAAGGCCAGCAUACGUGUCAGCUGCAUUUGCAUCAGAUAGGAACGUUACAUUUCAGUUUAUAAAAGCCCCUGACGAUUGUGCUUUUAAUAAUUUUGAAAUCAGAGACACAGUUGGAUUAUCGGAAGGGCAAGGACUAGGUUUCAACAUUCAAGAUUUAGUGUACGCCUUAAAUGGAAACAUCAAAGCAAAUUAUAAGUUUAAAGGUGACGUGCCAAUACAGGAAACAGAUCCGUUCUUCCUAGAUUCUCCGUCCAACGAAGACAAAUCCCAUUGUUUGGUUAUUGUACUAGACGUAACACUCCUAGAUACGAUUACAGACAGAAUUUGUAACAAGUUUAGACAAGUCGUAGAUGAAACGAUUAGUAAAGGAGUUCCUAUCGUUCUUAUUCUUACAAAGAUCGACAAGAUAUACCCAUAUCUCCGGAAGGACAUCAAAUACCUAUUUCACAGCAGCAUAGUCCAAACUGCUGUGACGAAAGCAGAACUUAUUUUUGGAAUUCAAAAGAAGAACAUACAUCCAGUCCUCAAUUUCACUGAUAAUACGGAGGUGGAUCCAAUUGAAUGCAUUCCUAUCUUACUUGCGCUGAAGCAAAUCCUUCACUACGCGUCUGAUCACAUUAGAUUUCAUUUGAAUGGGUGAAUAAAGAAAAACAAUUUAACUGCUUUUCAGUAGAGAAACAAUAUAUUACAUGAUACAUUUACACACACACAAACACGCACGCACGCACGCACGCACGCACGCACACACACACACACAUAUAUAUAUAUAUAAUUAUCUCUUAGUUAGAUGAUGCAGGUGUGUAUUGAGAGAUGAUUAGCUUUCAUUAGCCUGGGAAUCCAGUCUGACAAUUUCUAACUUUUUUAAUACCUGCAAAUUGACAGCCUGGGGAAACCUGUUUUCCGACCGCAGCGCCACCUAUAUUACACCCGAAAUAUGCGGGUGUUUGAUUAAGAACGAUAACUUCUGAAAGCAAUAUACCAUGGCUAAAAAUAGAAACGGAAUUAUCACGGAAAAUACAGAUCGGAAUCGUGUACUUCCGAAGGUUUCCGAACAUUUCCGGGCCAUAGACAAAUACCAGUUUGUACCUCCCAUAGCUUUUCCAGCAAGUUGUAACAACUUUUAAAUAUACAAAUGUAUCAGUAUAAACUUAAAUUUGCGUCAUAGCUAACAAGAAGUUAUAUUAAUGCAGACCUAGUGAUCUACGGAAAUUGUCGAAUUUUCGGCAUCAUUGCCUCGUUUCCGUUUCAAACAAGCGCAAAUCUGAUCACAUGUUAAUUAGGCUAAUUAUAGAAAAUCGAUAAUCAAUAGUAACAUGUAAACUCCUUCAGAUUUCCCCAGGCGUUGAUAAUAUCAGAAACUCGAUGAAUGCCAAUUAACACUAAUUAGCGCAAAUUAAGUGAACUUUAAUGCGUAGGUAUAAGGUAUGAUUUCUUCUGACAAAGCACAAAUAUUAUCAACGGCUUCCCAGGCUAAGCUUUCAUAUGUUUACAUUUUGUCUCUUCCUUUGUCCGUCUACUUCCGUCUAUUAUUUUUGUAUCACGAUACGUACAAACUUUUCUGACGUAGUGUCAUUAAACGAUGUAGAAAUGUUAUUCAUUAAGAUAUUUAUGAAAGCUCUAAGCGUUUCCAUCGCUUGUUUUGACCUACAUACACAUCGAUGUUUGCUUGUUUUUGUUUUAUAGGAGCCUCAUGUAAUUUGACUCUUAUAUCAAUAUACAACAUUCAUUUCAUUUUUAAAGCUAUUUGAAAUCACCUACAGUCUAGUGGCCAUUUGCUGUUUUACGAUAAACACAGACACUUGUGGUCAGGAACCCGCCCCCUACAUAUCAUUUGGUUCUGUCAAAUUUUUGCAAAUAUUUUUGGUAUUAAAUUUAAAACAAAUUGAGCGUAAGUGGAGAGCAUAAAAGAGGUUUUAAUACAUUUCAGCACGUUUUUGUAUUUAAAAUGUUAUUUACCAUCAAUGACCUUUCAUAUCACAAGAUAGGAAAGCAUAAAUUGACACUAAGAGACAAUAUUCGAUUCAAAUUUUAGAUGAGGAUCAACCUAUAUAUCCUUGGUAUCAAUCGACGGCUCUGUAACCUUUCCAUUAAAUAAUACUGAAAUUGCGAUAUUUUAAGUCAAUCGAAUUUUCCCCGUGGAUAGAAACCUGCUUUAUAUAUGUCACAGGGACGAUAGUAAUUACAUUUUGUACUACACAAUGACUGUUUACUAUAACACUCCUUUUGGUACCCUAGGCGUGCGCGAUAUAGAGCGGAUAUCCGGUGCAAGUGAAGUAAAAUAGGCUGAAAAUGUAACAAACAUGGUCUUUACAUACGCUCUGUCCGUUUUAAAAUGCUGAAAGGUACUGGCUAACAGUUGGAAGAAACGAA